AUGGUAACUAGCCACCCUUGCGUAUCAGCGGACCCCUUCCAGAAGACUAACACCUUUCAUAACAGUCUUCGGAUUCGAAAAAACGCCUAGCCCUCGCUAUAAUCGACUUCCUUUCUACCUCCACAAAAGACGGGACCGUCUCCGAGGAUGACAAGGAAUCAAUCGAAGUAGCCCAGCAAUGCAUAGCGGACGCCUUCAAGGUGGACCCAACUGACAGGGUCGCCAUGAUCGAUGCCCUAGCCGGCCAAACGCUCCAAAGCAUCUACGGCGUUUUCGAAAAAAUGAAACAGAAGAACACCCCUGCUAAGCCGGCUUCUCCACCAAUCAAGCCAACCAGUACGCCAUCCGGCCCUUCAAAUGCAGAGAAGGCGGAAGCAGAGUCCCUCAAGGGUAAAGGUAACGCAGCGAUGGCGAAAAAGGACUACCAGUCCGCGAUAGAUUACUAUACCCAGGCCUUGAGAAUUGUCCCAAAUAAUCCUAUCUACCUGUCCAACCGUGCCGCGGCGUACUCCUCAACAUCGCAGUACGAGAAGGCGAUUCAGGACGCUCAGGUAGCCGUGGACACCGACCCUUCCUACGCCAAAGCCUGGAGCAGACUCGGUCACGCCAGAUUCGCAAAGGGAGAUGCGAGGGGUGCGAUGGAAGCUUACAAGGCUGGCAUCGAAGCCGAAGGCAACGGCGGUAGUCAAAUCACCCGCAACGGAUACGAGACUGCAAAGAAGAAGCUUGAGGAGGAGAUUAUCGCCGAAGCCGAUAACAUUGAUGCCCCACCUGUACCCAGCCCUCCCCCGGGUGAAGGGGCGGGCGGAAUGCCAGAUUUGUCCAGUCUAGCGGGGAUGCUUGGUGGCGCUGGCGGGCGGGGUGGUGGAAUGCCGGAUCUAAGCUCCAUUAUGAGCAAUCCGAUGGUUGCGCAGAUGGCCCAAAACUUCAUGAACAACCCUGCGAUCAUGCAGAACAUGAUGAGCAACCCCCUCAUGAGGGAGAUGCUGGACUCUGUCGGGGGCGAUGAUGGAGAAGGCCCUGGUGCGGGAGGUCGCAGUAUGCCAGAUCUGAGUAGCUUGAUGGCCGAUCCUAGUAUAGCUGAGAUGUGAGUAUCUUGAAAGGAGUCAAAAGGAAAGAGCAAGCCUAAUAAUCACAAUGUAGGGCCAAGAACCUAAUGGGCGGUCCUGGUGGAGGCGGCGGCGGCGCUGGGGGGAGCGGAAACGCGUGAUUGCUUGGGUUUUCGCUCCUUUCAUCUAGUCUCUUUUACAUCACUCGGAUAUCUCCUUUCCUCAAUUCAGAGCUCUGUAGUAUGAUACAGUAAUGAUUGAAUAAACGAUAUUUUCACUUACCUU